AGCAGCCUUGGGGGCUCCUCAUUUCUUCGCCCCGCUCAUUCACCUGCGAGAUCCGGGUCUGCGGAGCGCAGAGGCAGGCAAGCAGGAAGGAGGGAGGGGGUGUCACGUCGCGUAAUGAUGUUGGGGUCGCCGGGGCAACAGCCUGGGGGGGCGGGGUCUGGGGUGGCGGCGGCGGCGGUGGCGGCAGCUGCCGGUUCUGCCGCCGCGGCAGCUGGCGGGGCCGGGGCUGUCGCCGGCUUCCCAUGUGGCGGGGUGUCGGAGAGGCUUCUGGCGCGCUACGUGCAGGACUACCUGGAGUGCGUCGAGUCGUUGCCGCUGGACAUGCAGAGGCUGGCCUCGCUCCUGCGGGAGAUGGACACGCGCUGCCGAGAAGCAUUAAAAGAAAUUGAUGAAGUAUAUGAGAAAUACAGAAAUGAAGAUGAUCCUGCUCAGAAAAAGCGUUUGCAGCAACAUCUUCAGCGAGCCCUGAUCAACAGUCAAGAGCUUGGAGAUGAGAAAAUCCAAAUAGUCACUCAGAUGCUUGAGUUAGUGGAGAACAGAGCCCGACAAAUAGAGUCUCAUUCUCAGUGUUUCCAAGAUCUGUCAGAUACUGAAAAACCCAUUGAAAAGUCAAAAGUGGAUCCUUGUCAGCCAGAACGGUCCUCAAGAAGGCCCCGGCGCCAACGUACCAGUGAAAGCCGCGACAUAUGCCAUAUAGCAAAUGGAAUUGAUGAGUAUGAUGAUCAGCCACCUAAAGAAAAGAGAUCUAAAUCUGCCAAGAAAAAGAAACGUUCUAAAACUAAACAAGAAAGGGAAGCUUCUCCGGUAGACUUUGCGGUAGACCCUAAUGAGCCAACUUACUGUCUAUGUGACCAAGUAUCUUAUGGAGAAAUGAUAGGCUGUGACAAUGAACUGUGUCCCAUUGAGUGGUUUCACUUUUCAUGUGUUGGACUCACUUACAAACCAAAGGGGAAAUGGUAUUGCCCCAAGUGCAGAGGAGACAAUGAGAAGACUAUGGAUAAAUGUACAGACAAAUCCAAAAAAGAUAAAAGAUCAAGGUAGUCAAUGCUGCAAAUGCAUUGAAAACUAUGGUUUUUAUUAAAAACUGAUUAAUAAGCAGACUAGUAUUUUAGAAUGCAUAAAACUAUGCAAUCCUUUUUAAGGUCUACAUUACUAAUGGAGUAUUAAUAGAUGUUAGUACUUUUUGUGCUUUUGAAUAUUCUGCACUAAAUAACCAAAUUCUUCAAACAGGGUCACAUUGGGAAUAGCACAGGGGGAAUUCAAGAUUUCUGGAUCCCUCGCUCUUUUUAAUUGUGGAAUUUUGGUGAUACCUGAUGAGGAAAGCCUGGAGUGAUAAUCAUGUUAAGACAGGUGUGUUAACAUCUAUUGCAGUUGUACCUUUAGUCCAUUAUAGCCCAUUCUGCUGAGAAUGUUAGUUCAAUAAUGUUUUUAGUCUUCAAAGUCUUAAUGAUAACAUUUUGAACUGAGGUCUACAGUCUAACUACAUUUUAAAGUCUUUAAAGGAGAAAAGCCAAUCUCCUUGCCUUCCAUGUGAUCUCCCCUUACGUCACUAAGUUAUUUUUAUGUUACUCUUGUGGUGGUGAGUUUAGAAAGUAUAUUAAAUGGUGAAAUACUGAUGCAAAAAGUUUCAUUCAGCAUUGUAAUGGCAGUUCUAGAAUGAGCCUACUUGUUUCUCUAAUUCUGUCCCUUAACUUCUUAACCCCUAUUGUGCCAUUUUGCUACUGACUCACUGAAUGAUGACAGGAACAUAUAAUCAUGUUGGAAAAAAGGUUGUGCAAGAACUAUAAUACCUGUCAGUUUGUGGACAGUCGUAAGAGUUUGCCUGGACUAGUAUUUUAAUUCACUUUCUUGCUUUGCAGGUUUUUAGGGUUGAGCCAAAUGCAGUAGUAGUAAAAACAACUGCCUUCUUAUAGAAGAAAUGUAGAUGUAGAAAAAAGGGAACAGUUCUGCUCAAGUGUAGUGACUCUUAGUAGAACCUUACAGAUAAGAAAUUAGGACAUGUAUUUGGGAGAGAUGAUAACUGAAGGUGUUCCAGAACCUGACAUAAUAUCUUUAUUAGAGUAUUCUAUGCCAAAUGUGGUGAUAAAUAGCUGUAGUCUUAGUUAUCUGUCUAAAGUAAUGCCAUAGAUUUUUCAAGACAGUACAUUUUUUCCACUCUGUCAGGUUAGAAAGUUUCAUGUGCAUUUCACAGAUGUUCUAAUGUGCAUGCAAAGCAAUAGUAAUAUAGAGGGAUAAACAGGCCAAGAAUAAAUUCCAGUAUCAAAUUCUUUCUGUCUCAAAGUAAUAUCUCAGUAGUGUUGUGUCUUCUUACAGAGCUUUGAAAAAGUUCUGGGUACCACAUAUAUGCUUUUUAUUACAAAGUGAACCAGAUGGAUAGCUUCAUUUUGUAAGGGUAAAAAGCAUUAUCUCUGGAACCUUUGAUAUUACCCAGUUUAACUGGGAUCUGCUGCUGUUACACAUGAGUAAUAUCAGCUUAAUUAUUACUUUUGUGCUAUGUAGAGUCAUAAGACACUUGUUUCAUCUCAUCUUGAAACUAUGUUAUGACUUUCUUGUUGACUGACUCAUUAUGAACAAUGUCCUAAACAAAAUGUGAUAGCCUUCUUCCAGAAAUACUUCAUCUGUUAAGAGGAAAGUAAUUGCAGGUUCCUAAUACAGCGGUAAAUGUCUUUAUUUUGAAUGUCUACAUACUUUCCCAUUCUUGAACAAAAUCAUGCAAUGGGCAGGAAAACUUAAUCCUGAACUAGCUUGUAAUUGCCAUCACUACACAACUCUCUUUGAUGAAAAAGAAGGACAGCCUAUAUUAUACAACAUCCUAAUUUCAGCUGAUUGAUGGGUUUUGGGAAGUGUUUUAAUUUUACUGGCUGCUUUGUGCUUCAAUACCGUAUCUUGUAACUUCCAGUGAUUGUAAAACUAUUUGUGUACUUCAGAUCUGUUAAUAGGUACAGUACUUCUGCAAGCAGAUAAUACUGUGCAUUAAAAUGUUUGCAUAACUGGUAAACUGGAAAUGCCCUGAAAAGUGUCUGCAAUUCCUAUGUCUCCUCUAUUUCCAAUGAAAACAUAACCCUCAGCCCCAUAUUAGUAAAAUAUUGCCCAUUUUAAAAGAAGUGUCAUUGCUAUGAAGUUCCAUUUUGAUUUUUAAAUAACUUUGCUGUGAUUUGACAAUCUCUCUUGGUUUUAACUUUUGUAAGCCCAGGUACAUGCAAAUAAGAAAUGUGCCACUAGAGUGUAUAAAUUACUUGAGCCUAAUCUUUUGCAUGCUAUGGUUUAUGAAUAAAAUCCAUUUUGGUUGUAAAAUUGAA